GACUGAAUUGUACUAAACUACUAUAUUCAACUUUUACAACUUACUUUUUACUUUACUCACUCUCAUCUCAUUUCAACAGCAGUAGCAGGAGCAGCUCUAAUACACAAGCAGAACUGGUCUGGUCUCUGAAUCAAAAUUAAACUCUUCAUUAUCAAGAAUAGGAACUUUUUUUAAACUACUUAAUCAUUUCUACUUCUUCUGUACUUGUUACCUUACCUUGAAGGGUCAAAUUCAAGGACCGUUUUUAACUGCAUACACUACUCCGACCAGAUAACAUAACAAAUAUGUGACCAAAGAAGAAAUCUUGUCGACAUAAGUUGCCAUUUUAUAGAAAUAAGUGGUCAUAAUACGUUUGACACACUAAUUUUUACCAAGAUAAUGGAGGAGGAGGAUGCCUUGUUUUCUUCAUGCUCAUCAUCUUGUUCUCGUCGACAUUAUGAGAGUGUCGAGGGGUGGUCGUCGUCAAUAGUGUGCGUGUGGUUGUGGUCGUGAUAUUUUGUUGUGAAUAAUUAAGCAAGUUGGAAAAUAAGGUUAUAAAGUGGAUAAGGAACUUGGUGGUGAGACGACGAGGGUCAAAGGUGGUGGUCGUGGUGGUGGGGUCGAUUUAGACAUGGAGGUGAGCAUGGUGACGAGGGAGGAGCGUGACCCCUCCAUCAGGGUGAAGGAGUUGGAGUCCCUCUUUCUUAGUGGGCCCCUUACCAGGGCGGCGGCUCCCAUGCUCGUCGAUGGCGAUGGACCCUGCGCCUUUUCCAUCGAAACACUCCUUGACGUCCUGCUCCUCCUCUAUGACGAGUGCUGCAACUCUUCGUUAAGAAGGGAGAAAACUGUCAACGACUUUCUAGCUUUCGUAAAACCAGUUGUCACAGGCGUAAAAUUGUUUCGUUUGACGGCAGAAGAUUUUGAAAUCUUAAAAGUCAUUGGUCGUGGAGCAUUUGGUGAGGUUGCGGUUGUCAAGAUGAAAACCAACGAGCGUGUCUUUGCCAUGAAAAUUUUGAACAAAUGGGAAAUGCUUAAGCGUGCAGAAACAGCAUGUUUUAAGGAGGAACGCGAUGUCUUGGUGUACGGGGACAGACGCUGGAUAACAAAUCUCCAUUACGCGUUCCAAGAUGACACCAAUUUGUAUCUCGUCAUGGAUUACUACUGUGGCGGCGAUUUGCUCACACUACUAUCCAAAUUUGAAGACCGUUUACCCGAAGACAUGGCACGUUUCUAUAUUUCCGAAAUGGUGCUGGCUAUCGAUUCUAUUCAUAAAUUGAAAUAUGUACACCGUGACAUUAAACCCGACAAUGUCUUGUUGGAUGCCAAUGGUCAUAUUAGACUAGCCGAUUUUGGCUCCUGUCUCCGACUUCAAGAAGAUGGGACUGUGCAGAGUAACGUGGCUGUGGGUACGCCAGAUUAUAUCUCACCGGAAAUAUUAAGGGCAAUGGAGGACGGACAGGGUCGGUACGGUCCGGAAUGCGAUUGGUGGUCUUUGGGUGUUUGCAUGUACGAAAUGUUAUACGGAGAGACGCCAUUUUAUGCAGAAUCAUUGCUGGAAACGUACGGCAAAAUUUUAGAAUUCGGCAAAUCAACGAAUUGCUUCGUCUUUCCUCCAGAAUCUAAUGGGAUAGAAGUGUCGGACGAUGCAAAGGACUUGAUACGAAAGCUAAUCUGUGAUGCAGAUUUUAGACUGGGUCAGAACGGGUUGGAUGAUUUCAAGCGACACGCGUGGUUUGCUGGGAUCGAUUGGGAGCAUAUACGAAAUGGAAUUCCUCCAUACAUUCCAGAAGUCUCUAGCCCAACUGACACCUCAAAUUUUGACGUGGAUGAUAACGACAUUCGCGAAUCAGAUGCAAUUCCCCCGGCAUCGAAUGCCAUCUUUUCUGCGUUACAUUUGCCAUUUGUGGGGUUCACAUUCACGCAGUUUAGCAAAAUAUCCGACUUAGGUUGCCUUUCUGGGGCUAACGAAACGAAUGGACUUUAUGACGAUUUAGCCACGUAUGAAAACAGAAUGCAUACAUUAGAAAUGGAGAACCAAGAACUGAUUCGAAAAUUGACGGAAUUCUCUCGCUCUCCCGAGUUGAUAUCAACCAACAAUGGUGUCGUAGUUGGAGACAAGAGUGACAUACGCCGAUUACAACAAUUACAAGAUGAGGUUAACACCCUUACAAAGAAAAAUGGGGAACUAGAAGCAAUGCUUAUUCGAAAUAAGGACUCCAAAUCUGCCAAAGAUAUUGUCGACGGAGUUAGCGUGGACAGUAACAAAUUGCGUCAAGCACGUAUGGAAAAGGACGAGCUACAAAAGGAAGUCCGUGAUGCAUGUGAAAAAUUAACCGCACAGGAAAAAGAACUUCGUGACGCUUUGAGUCAAAGAGAAGUUGCAAUGUCUGAAUAUACUGAAGUCAGUGAAAAAUUAUCUGACCUUCGCCAACAAAAACAAAAAUUAAGUCGUCAAGUGCGCGACAAGGAAGAAGAGUUGGAAGUAGCGAUGGGCAAAAUUGACGCUUUAAGACAAGAUAUUCGUCGCGCAGAGAAAUUGAGGCGAGAAAUGGAGACACGAAUUGACGAAGCGGAAGCAGAAGCAUCAAAAGAGCGUAAAUUAAGGGAACGGUCAGAAGAAUAUUGUAAGGCUAUGGAGGAAGAGAUGGAACGCAUCAAACAGAGACCAUUACUUGUUUCUGAUGCACAGAAUUUCCAAGAGACUGAAGCUUCGAAUGAACUACUGAGAUUAAAGGCAGAGAUGGAAAAGUGUGAAUUGGAGUACAAAGAAAGCCUCAUGCAAACCCAAUCGCGUUUCACGAAUGAGAUAUCUUCCCUCAAAGAAGCCGUUACCGAAGCUGAAAUUGCACGAGAUUCCGUUGUUAAAGAAGCGUCUCUUCUGAGGGAGAAAAUGGAUCACCUACGUCUCGAGAAUUUGACAGAGAGUGAAGAAACUCUAGGAGAAAUUAAACGACUUCACGACAGAGAAAAGAUGCAUUUACUAGACGAAAAUAAAAGGCUUAUUGUGGAGCUGGAUAAGAUCUCCGACACGGUUGCUAGAUUGCAGAAUGAGCGUCGAGGAAUUGAAGACGAGUAUGAUGAAAUUCGUGCCAAAAAGGAGUCAAUUUCACUUUGGGAGAACCAAAUAACAGAACUUAUUCAAUGGGUAAGCGAUGAAAAGGAUGCUCGAAGUUACCUCCAAGCUCUGGCUAGCAAGAUGAAUGAAGAGUUAGAAUUCUUGAAGCAUGCUGGACUUCCGCCAACCACAACUGUUGAAAAGAACUGGCGGAACCGUCGGUCCCAGAAGUUGGAUAAGAUGGAGUUACUCAAUCUUCAGAGCUCUCUUCAAUCCGAAAUCCAAGCAAAACAAGCCAUUAGCGAAGAACUUACAAAAACUAGAUCAGAUUUGGUGGCAUCUCAAAAGGAACUGCGAGAAUAUCGCCAAAGACUGGAAUUGCUGUCGAGAGAAACUUUUAAGAAAGAGGCACAAAUUAAAGACCUCCAACAACGAAUAGAAUCUUCAGAUGGAUUUUUAGAUCGCCCUCCAUCCCAAAUGUCCUUUUUGGAACAAUUUCUCAAAGAGUCGUCCUUCGUGGCGCGUGGCGGCGGUGGCUCCAUCGAAUCAGAAGAAGGCGACGUGGAAGACAAUUCAUCUAAAUCUAAUUUGUCCGAACUAAGUGGUGACCGUGAACGUGAUCACCAUCAGAUGCAAAUGCAGCAACAACACCACCCGGGCCUUGCGUCUAUGCCUCCAAUGACUUCGGCAUCUCUUUCGUCAAACAAACUUCCUAAAUCCCACCACCAAUUUCUAGUCCGCACUUUCUCGUCUCCAUUGAAGUGUGCCCAUUGUACCUCGCUCAUGGUUGGGUUAACCAGGCAGGGGGUCGUAUGUGAAGUAUGUGGUUUCGCAUGUCAUAUGGGAUGUCGGGACAAGGUCGUUCCUAUUUGUCCUGUACCACCAGAGCAGACUAAACGACCCCUCGGUAUCGACCCUACUCGUGGUAUUGGAACAGCAUACGAGGGGUAUGUUCGUGUUCCUAAACCUGGCGGAGUGAAAAAGGGUUGGAUCCGACAGUAUGUCGUUGUCUGCGAUUUUAAAUUGUUCCUCUAUGACAUUUCACCGGACCGGACUACUGGGAAAUUGACAACGAGUCCGGCCGUCUUUGUUAGUGCGUUGUUGGACAUGAGGGAUGAGGAGUUUGAAGUUUCAUCCGUCAGGGAGAGUGAUGUUAUACACGCCAAUAAGAAGGAUAUUCCAUGCAUAUUUCGGAUAUCUACUUCUUUUAUGAAUCCACCUGGGCUGAAAAAUCACACCCUCAUGUUGGCGGAAACGGAAAGCGAAAAGACAAAAUGGGUGGUAGCUCUGAAUGAGUUACAUCGCAUCCUGAAACGCAACAAUCUUCCGUGUAGAACGGUAUACAGAGCGAAAGAAUUGGUUGAUAAUACCGUCACAAGCAUGACCAGGACAGCAAGCUGUGGCGCUAUCAUUGAUGCCGACCGACUAGUCAUUGGGACAGAUGAGGGACUAUUUUGUGUUGACUUGGAUAGAGAUGAAAUUGCGAGGGUUGGAGAAGGGAAAAAGAUACACGAAAUUGUAUACAUCAGUGAAGAACAACUUCUAGUCGUCAUAUCCGGAAAACAACGCCACGUUCGUCUAAUACCCGUCCGAGCACUCGACGGGGAUGAGUGUGAAUGGAUUAAAGUAUCUGAGACAAAAGGAUGCAUAACUCUGGAAACUGGAGUAAUGCGACACGGCCCACCAACCGUAUUUUGUCUCUGUGUCGCCGUCAAGAGACAAAAUACAAGCCAGGUCAUCAUUUAUGAAAUUACGAGGAUGAAAGCGCGACAUAAACGAUUACGAGAAGUCCUUUUACCUGCGCAAGCACAAUGCCUAGACAUUUUUUCAGAAGGACGCUUAUGCAUUGGGUAUCAGUCAGGUUUCACGAUCUAUUCAUUGAUGGGAGAUCAACAUCCGCAAUCUCUUGUUCAUCCUGAUAACCAAAUGCUCGGUUUCCUUGCGUAUAACCCAGUUGAUGCUCUGGCUGCAAUUGAACUCCCAAAGGAAGAAUUUCUUCUCGUCUUCAACACACUAUCCGUAUUUGUGGAUUCCAUGGGAAGAAAAAGUCGUGACAAGGAGAUUAUGUAUCCUGCUAUUCCGUUGGCUGUGGCAUAUUCGGACGGAAAUUUGCUCCUCUAUUCAGAGACACAUCUCGACGUAUUUGACUGUUGUAGUGGGGAGUGGAUGCAGACGAUUAGGUUGAUGAAAGCGAGGCCACUUUGUCGCAGUGGUGCCAUCAACAUUACGUUUGCUAAUGAACUCUCACACAUUGUAUAUUUGUCGAAUGUGAUGUGGGGAGAUAGAGUACGUGUCCCAGAAUUGGCGAGACAUCGGACAAGAAGGAAGUUUAGUGUCAGAGAAAACGCAAAAGCUGCGAGGACGAAGCUGAAGCUGUUGUUGGAAAAUCAACAAAUUAUUCGGAACACGGAUCGUCGCUCGAGGAUGAUCUCAGCUCCAUCGAAUUUCAAUCACAUCUCACAUAUGGGUCCUGGCGAUGGUAUUCAGAUUCAGCGUCUAAUGGAUUUGCCAACCACACUUGAAACGGCCGAUAGCACACCUGUCACUCCACAACAACAGCAAGGAAUGCAACGUGUCCGCUCCAUGCUGCAAAGUUCUCAUCGAUUCUCUCCAAAUCCAACACAAAUGCAGUCUUCCCCAAGAUCGUCAAUUGGGUCCAUUUCGGGCCCAGAACCACCGAGACGCUCAUUGAGCCAUGGUUCCGGUUCUGGUAUACCAAUCCCCAGUGGGGUCGUUCAAGGACAUUAUAAUAAUGGGGCUCAUAUCAGUCCCCCAGGUCUUCCACCACGACGACCUACAGUCCCACCCCCGUUACGACCUCACCCUCCACAUGGAGGAGGAAAUAAUAGCAGAGGAAGUGGUCAUGAUGGAUUAGAGGAACUGGUAGGUGAUGCAUCCCCACGACAUAGUCUGACUUCCAACAACAGUUCCAACCUUAGUAGUCCCCCAUCUCCAGGAGGCAUUCACGGCGGAAUGGGUGGAUCUUCCAGUUAUGAGAGUCAGGCUGACAACAAUGAAUGAACAUGAACAAGUUACACAAGUACAUAAAUACAUCACGAAAAGAAGGGAGUCGUUCAUGCAAGUAUUAACCAGCAAAUACCAAAUGUAAAGGUAGACUAAAUACAAUAGUUCUUCCUCGACGGAUAUGAUGAAAUCUAGUAGCAGUAGUAGCAAAACAAGGAGAUUGUUUUUUGUAUACAACAAAAUACCACCAAGGCAUAACACUAGGCGUGAAUCAAUAAUUUACAUAUUAUUGGAUUUUUGCUAUUCAUCGACCUGUUUGUUCAAGUAUUAUCAUCAUCAGCGUUGUAUUAAUUAUGUACACCGGCCUUAUCUUAUUAUUAUAUACUACUUACAUACAUACAUACUUUUAAACAAUAGGAAUACUGAACACACCACCACACAUACCUUAUUACUACUUGUCGCAGCAGUAUUGAUUGAUUGAUAUUUGUUGAAUAAUUUUAAAUCGUAAUACCUCACAUCAUCACAUAAACCACUCUCAGGCCAAAGUCAGCAAUGCAUUAUUAUUAUUUUAGUUGGUAACAAAUUGAAUGAUUAAUUACAUAUUUGCAUGUGAAUUGUUUUAUUAGUCUUGUUAUUUUUAAGAAUCACACACCGCAAUGUAAUAAAUAUUUAAUACAUCACAUCACACCUCAACCAAACCAAGAGUAGUCAGACAGUGGCAUAUUAAGUAUAAAUUAAUAUAAAACAUAACGUCUAGUAACUACCUAUUUCGGCGAUAAGUAGUUGUUUGCUAUUAAAUAAUUUUAUACGAUACUAUGUGCAUGUCAUUAUAAUUAAAUUAUUAUAGUUGGAUAGUUAUUUAAUUUAGACUCACUUAUUUAGAUUAGAGCAUGAUCAGUAAAUUAACCGCAAACAGACAGAAAUUAAACCAGGUGCAUUUUGUAUUGUAUAAUGAUGUAAUGAACUUAGGACGUAUGUAGCAGAUCCCAUUAAUUGGUGGGUGGGUCAGUGGGGGAAAGAGGAGAGGUGAGGAGAAAGUUGGCUGCGUGUAUGCAUUUAAAUAUUUAUUGUGACUGUAUCAAGAAGUGAAGGAUAAUAAAAUGUGCUGCUACAUAGGUAGUUAACUAAAAAUUGAUUAAUAUCAUGCCUGUAAUACUAUUAUCAACAUUUUGUAUUGUUUCUUAACUGAAGUUGAAUAAUAAAACAUGGGCAGAAUGAGCAGAAUUA